AUGACAGUGAAAGCAACAACAAGAACAACUUCAUUAUUAUCGAGAUCUUGUCACAAUUCUUUAACUUCUUCUAAUUCUGAUUUGUCAUCAUCUACAGAGUUCAAUUUAUUUUAUAAUAAUCCGGUAGAGUUACUGAUGAAUUCGUUAUGUGUUCUAAUAAUGGAAAGUUCCAAUCUUGAAAUAUUAAAGUUGAAUACUAUGCAUGAAUUGCCAAAUUUCAUGAUCUUUACACAAAAGUCUCCGGGAUUAACGAAUUUAAAAAAAUUAAAAAUAUCCUGUAACAAUUUUUAUAUUAGGAAUCAAUUUAUUAAAAAUAACGUAUUUCAACUACUCAAAUCUUUACCUAAAAUUAGUAACAAUAUUGAAUUUUUAGAUAUUCAUUACAAGUCAAAUGAUCCCAAGACAUUAGAAAUAUUGAAUGCAUUCAUCAGGUCACAGAAAAAUAUUCAUACUUUCAAGCUGAGUGUGUUGAGAGAUUACGAUAAAUUAUCAUCAAUCAUUUCUUCGUUGGAGGAAAGUCAUACAAAUAAUCUAGUUAAUCUUAAAAUUAAAUUAUUAAAUAACAACCAUAUUAAUGAUGGUGGUAGUAAUAAUAAUAUUUAUAACUAUAAAGAAGGGAAUGAUAAUAAAAAUAAACUUAAAAAUUAUCAUCAGAUCGACGAUCAAUUAUUAAGUCUAAUAUGCAAAUCCAAGAAAUUAAAAACUUUAAAUUUUAAAUCAGAGUUUACUAAUAACAAUAAUAUUGGUAAUAAUAUCAGUAGCAGUAAUAUCAGUAGUAGUAGCAACUAUUAUAAUUAUUAUGUUCAUGAUAAUUAUAAAAAAAUACUAUCAUUAUACGAAAACAAAAUCAAUUCAAUAAUUUUGGGAAACAAAGAUUUAAAUUUCUCUAAAUUAUUUGACGAUGAUGAUAAUGUUUUAAAUGAGUUAAAAAAUUGUGUUAAAAUAAUUGAAACUUCUAAACCUAUUAAAGCUUUAGAUUUAAUUUAA